CCAUUCAUCCCUCCCAUUCGCUCUUCUUCUUUUUCAAGUCUCUCAGCCGUAAACGGAAGUCCCACUCUCUCUCUCUCUCUCUCCGAUUCUAAACCCUCCCAUUCAUUCCGGUUCGCCCCAUUCCACUCUCUGCGUUCGAGAAGCCGCUAUGGCUCCUCACGGCGACAAAUCCGACGCUGCGGAGGACGCCAUGGUUGCCGGAGCCGAGAAGCGCCCUGUCUCCUCCGUCCUCAUCGUCAUCGCUAUGCAGACUGAGGCGUUUCCGGUGGUGCAGAAGUUUAAUCUCACUGAGGUACCUGACUCCGGGUUUCCGAAAGGAGUUCCGUGGGUUCGGUAUCAUGGAUUUUACAAGGAUCUUGAAAUUAAUCUAGUGUGGCCUGGAAAAGAUCAGUGUUUGGGGGUUGAUUCAGUAGGCACGGUUCCUGCAUCUCUUGUGACCUAUGCUGCCAUUCAAGCAUUACAGCCAGACCUAAUUAUCAAUGCUGGCACUGCGGGUGGCUUUAAGGAGAAAGGAGCAUGCAUUGGUGACGUGUAUCUCGCAUCUGAUGUUGCUUACCAUGAUAGAAGGAUACCUAUUCCUGUAUUUGAUCUAUAUGGAGUUGGCUUGAAACCGGCCUGCUCAACACCAAGUCUUCAAAAGGAACUUGACUUAAAGGUUGGCAAGCUGUCUACUGGCAACUCUUUGGACAUGUCUCCACAGGAUGAAGCAUCAAUCAUUGCAAAUGAUGCUACAAUUAAAGACAUGGAGGGUGCAGCUGUUGCAUAUGUGGCAGAAAUGUUGAAAGUCCCAGCAAUAUUUGUUAAGGCUGUGACUGAUAUAGUCGAUGGUGAAAAACCUACUGCAGAAGAAUUCAUGCAAAAUUUGGUUGCAGUAACUGCUGCACUUGAACAGAAGGUCACCAAAGUUAUUGAUUUUAUUAACGGAAAGUGCCUCUCCGAUAUUUGAAGCAUUCAUUCCAACUUAUAUGCUGUGUAAUGAAAAGUGUCCCUUGCACGUCAAGUUCAUUAGUUUUCCUUCACAUUCUGAAGGGUUAUUGUUAUGUUCCAAAUUUGCAGCAGCAAAGGUUCAUAGUUUGUGUAAACUUAUAAUUACCAGUAUCUGUGGUGGCUUGAGUAGUUUGCUUUCACUUUCUCAUAACGUUGACUUUUUCAGUAAACCGUCUGUUAGGCGCUCGGAAGCAAAUAAACAAGCUAAUCGUUCUAUG